UCAGCUAUUCCUAUUCUACUGUCCCCCAAAAGCCUCUAAACAGAAAAAAUUAGACCAAACCCGAUCCACCCCCAUCAGAUCUUUCUCCCUGUCCCAUACCAUUAUUUCAAUCAAUUCCUCCCCAUUGCUUCGGGUUUCCUUGUGAAGCUUUUUGGGAUGUCGCCGAAGCCACCAGAGAACGGAAUGGAAGGCGAUGACGAAAGAGAAGAAGAGUCGGAAGAGGAGAAUUCGGAGGAGGAGGAGGAGGAUGAGCCGAGGCUUAAGUACCAGCGGAUGGGCGGCAGCGUUCCCACGCUCCUCCAGAGCGACGCCGCUUCAUGUGUUGCCAUUGCCGAACGCAUGAUCGCUCUCGGCACCCACUCCGGCUCCGUCCACAUUCUUGAUUUUCUUGGGAACCAAGUUAAGGAAUUCAUUGCUCAUACUGCUGCAGUUAAUGAUCUUUGCUUUGAUAUUGAAGGAGAAUACAUCGCAAGCUGCUCCGAUGAUGGUUCUGUUGUAAUUAGUAGUCUUUUUACUGAUGAAAGAAUGAAAUUUGAGUAUCAUCGCCCUAUGAAGACCAUUGCUUUAGAUCCCGAUUACGUGAGGAAAUCAUCCAGAAGAUUUGUUACUGGAGGUUUAGCUGGUCAUUUAUAUUUUAAUGUGAAGAAAUGGAUAGGCUACAGAGACCAGGUUUUGCACUCUGGAGAAGGCCCAAUUCAUUCAGUGAAGUGGAGAGCUAGUCUGAUUGCUUGGGCUAAUGACGCUGGUGUAAAAGUUUAUGACGCUGCUAAUGAUCAACGUGUAACAUUCAUCGAAAGACCUCGAGGAAGCCCUCGCCCUGAGCUUCUGCUCCCUCAUUUAGUUUGGCAGGAUGAUACUGUGCUGGUCAUUGGAUGGGGAACCUCUGUUAAAAUAGUAUCAAUAAGAAGUAAUCAGAAUAAAGGCGCCAAUGGGACUUACAAGAAUAUCCAGAUGUCUAGCAUGAACCAGGUGGAUAUUGUGGCAUCUUUUCAGACCACCUAUUUCAUUUCAGGAAUUGCUCCCUUUGGUGAUUCUUUGGUUGUUCUGGCAUAUAUCCCCGUGGAAGAAGAUGGAGAGAAGGACUUCAGUAGUACUAUUCCUUCACGUCAGGGAAAUGCUCAAAGACCUGAAGUGAGAGUUGUCACUUGGAAUAAUGAUGAACUGGCAACUGAUGCACUACCUAUUCAUGGAUUUGAGCAUUACAAGGCCAAAGAUUAUUCCCUUGCUCAUGCUCCUUUUUCAGGUAGCAGUUAUGCAGGUGGUCAAUGGGCUGCUGGUGAUGAACCAUUGUACUAUAUUGUGUCCCCAAAGGAUGUAGUUAUUGCUAAACCUAGGGACACAGAAGAUCACAUAUCUUGGCUUCUUCAACAUGGAUAUCAUGAGAAAGCUUUAGCAGCAGUUGAAGCUGGUCAGGGUCGGAGUGAGCUGCUUGAUGAGGUGGGAACUAGAUACCUUGACCAUCUUAUUGUGGAACGCAAAUAUGCUGAAGCAGCAUCUUUAUGUCCCAAAUUACUGCGAGGAUCAGCUUCUGCAUGGGAAAGGUGGAUUUUCCAUUUCGCUCAUCUCCGUCAACUUCCUGUACUGGUGCCCUACAUACCAACAGAGAACCCAAGGUUACGUGAUACUGCUUAUGAGGUUGCUCUUGUUGCUUUGGCAACAAAUACAUCAUUUCACAAGGAUCUCCUGUCAAUUGUUAAAACUUGGCCUCCUGUAAUUUACUCUGCUUUGCCCGUUAUCUCAGCUAUAGAACCUCAGCUCAAUACUUCAUCGUCGACUGAUGCUCUCAAAGAGGCUCUCGCUGAGCUAUAUGUAAUUGAUGGGCAAUAUGAGAAAGCCUUCAGCCUAUAUGCUGAUCUUAUGAAACCAGACAUAUUUGACUUCAUUGACAAUCAUGAUUUGCAUGACGCCAUUCGAGAAAAGGUUGCCCAGCUGAUGAUGAUAGACUGCAAACGUGCAGUUCCAUUGUUUAUCCAGCACAGAGACCUCAUAAGCCCAUCUGACGUAGUUUCACAACUUAGGGCUGCAAAGAAUAAGUGUGACUAUCGAUACUUCUUGCAUUUGUAUCUGCAUUCACUGUUUGAGGCAAAUCCCCAUGCUGGAAGGGAUCUCCAUGACAUGCAGGUUGAGCUCUAUGCCGAUUAUGAUCCAAAAAUGCUGCUUCCCUUUCUUCGGAGUAGUCAGCAUUAUACAUUGGAAAAGGCUCAUGAAAUUUGUGUUAAAAGAGAUCUAUUAAGAGAGCAAGUCUUUAUCCUUGGAAGAAUGGGAAACGCGAAGCAAGCUUUAGCAGUUAUUAUAAAUAAAUUGGGGGAUAUAGAAGAGGCUAUAGAAUUUGUAAGUAUGCAGCAUGAUGAUGAACUCUGGGAAGAGCUGAUCAAGCAGUGUCUAAACAAACCUGAGAUGGUGGGGGUAUUGUUGGAGCAUACUGUUGGCAAUCUUGAUCCGCUUUAUAUUGUAAAUAUGGUGCCCAAUGGCUUGGAGAUACCUCGGCUGCGUGACCGUCUAGUCAAAAUUAUCACAGACUACAGGACAGAAACUUCUCUUAGACAUGGGUGCAAUGAUAUACUCAAGGCAGAUUGUGUCAAUUUGCUGAUUAAAUAUUACAAAGAAGCAAGGCGUGCUAUAUGCUUAAGCAACGAGGAAGACGAGUUCCGCACCAAAAGGGAUAAUAAAAACAGGUCCUCUCAGUUUGCUGAGAGAUCUAUGAGCAUCAGAACCAUGGAGGUCAAGUCAAAAGUCAGGGGUGGAACAAGGUGUUGCAUGUGUUUUGAUCCGUUUGCCAUACAUGACGUGUCGAUAUACGUUUUCUUUUGCUGUCAUGCGUACCAUGAGACGUGUCUGAUGGAUUCCAUAGAUUCAAUUAUUAGCAAAAAGAAGCCGGUAGCCCGAACCCAUACCCAGGACGAGUUAUCAUAUUAUCAAUAUGAUAACAGUGAUGAAGAAGAUGAGGAUGAAGAUGGUAAUGAUGAUGCUCGGGUACGUUGUAUCUUGUGCACUACCGCUGCUGGUUGAACUUCCCCUGUUUUAUAUUUGUAUGUACAAUAAUCUACAGCUUUCUGUGUGUAUAUCUCAUGAUUGGCUUAGGUAAUUUUUUCGUUCACGUGAGAAAUUUUCCUUUUGUAUGUUUUAACUUAUGAUGUUAACCACCAUUUUUUCUGGGUUGGUUUGGCCUUCAAAGGUGAGGUUUUCUCAAUACGAAUGCCGUUUCUGCUGA